GGCUGCCAGUUGCAGGUCAGCUUCAGAGAAGGACGACAACUCUUGAGACCUUUCUUAGUGACCAAGAGCUUGUGAAGAUACUGCAGCCAAGAUGCUAAAGAUUUGGGCCAUUCUCCUCUUCGGCAGCCUGCUGACCCCAUCUCAAGGACUAGAUGGCGCUGCUCAAGUUCUUGCCAGGGUGAAUCCAAACGUAUUAGGAAAAAUUAUAGAUGAUUUGCUCCACAGAGAUGACAUUCUCAGAAGUGUGCUAGGACUCGUGUCAGCUGGCAAUGGAGGGCUCCUCAACCUGGGAAAUCUGCUGGGCACUGGCGUCACAGGGCUGGAAAUAAAAAAACUUACUCUCCCAAAAGUAUCGCUGAAGCUCCUGCCAGAAGUGGGGGUCCAGCUGACUGUCAACACCGGAGUGUUAAUUGAAGGGAAAGACCUUCUAGGUAAGGUGCUCGGUCUCCACGUGGACGUGAACAUUACUGCAAGAGCCAGACUGGCACAACAUGGCAAGGAUGCCCCCGAGUUAACCGUUGAACACUGCACGACGCAGCUUGUUAACGUUCGGAUCCUCCAUGUGCUCCGACUAGGUUCACCUGUCCUAAACAAGGCCCCUGGGAACCUCUUUGAUGGAGUGCUGUGUCCUUUAAUUGAUUCCGUGCUCGACGCCACAAACCAUCUGCUGAGCACCGUGAACUCCGUGGUCCGACUGGGCGUGGUAGGAAGUCUCCAGUACACUUCAGCGAACGUCCCUGUAGUCAGUGAUGCGGCAAUCAAACUGGAUUUAAAUGCUGUAGUUGAGGAUUUGCUUGGCAAUAAAGUCAACGAUCCUGCGUGCUCAGCAGCAACUGUAUCUCUGCCGUCCGUGGUGGCCAGCUCUUCCCAGGUUGGCCUCUCUGUGUGCCUCCUCAGCUCAGUGCUCAAGCUGCUGCUGGCGUCUGAGAAUCUCAGCACAGACAUCGCAGCUCAAGAGCUGCCCAGUGACAUCCCACUGACAGCCUCUGUGCUUCGCGCUCUCAUUCCUGAGGUCUCCAAACUGCUGCUGGAGUCACAGCAACCGUUGCUGAAGAUCAGAGUUCUGGAAACGCCUGCAGUGUUGGUGAAAGAUGGCAGUGUCACUGUGAGGCUCCCUGCUUCCAUUGAGGUUUCCCCCUCAGAUUUGCCCCAGCAGUCUCUUUUUGUUCUGAAUGCUGAUAUUGGUCUGAGAGUCCAGCCUACCAUUUCAGACAACAAACUCCGCAUCUCUGUAUCUCUGGAAAGAGUCGGCCUCAGACUGGCUUCUUCGCUAAUUAGCAAUUUCAAUGUUGCACAUCUUGAACCAUUAAUCAGUGACAUACUCAAUGCUGCAUACGUGCCACUCAUCAAUGGUGCCCUGGCGGUGGAAAUUCCUCUGCCCAAUCUUUUCAACCUGAACUGGGAAAAUGGCCUUGUCAAAGUCAUUAAUAAUGCUUUAUUGGUUAAUGCGCUGGCCUAACCCUUCUACGAGGGGCGAGUGUGGGGACAGCCUGCCACUGGCACCGGGAUGGAGGAGAGAAUUCACGACUGAAGAACCCUGCAUUUCCUUACUUUUGUUCCCCAUGACACUUUGAGUCAAGGCUAUGACGAUAGAAACAAAAUGUUGUUCUGCUUCUGAUCAUUGAAUCAAGCUGUAGAAAAGACUUAGUAGGAAUGAAAUUGUUGCUUACUUGGCUGAAAAUAAUUGGGAUUUUCUAAGCAAACUUCUGCAGUCAGCUUAAGCUUCAGGAGAGUUUGGAGCCGAGAGCCCUGCCUUGUGCAUGGAAGUUCUUUCCAUUUCUUGUUACCCUUUCAAUAAAAGCUUUCAUUGCCUCAGCAUUCCUGAUUUCGUUUUGUUUCCCU